AAUUGCUGGGUCAUGUUGUAAGCCUUUGUGUGGAACUGUCAAACUGUUUUCCAAGGUAGCCACACCAUUUUACAUCCCAACUAGCAAUGAAGGAGAGUUCCCAGAUGAUCUUUUGACAUCCACUUCCAGUUCUUAACACACUGCUUGUUAAAUAGGAAACCCAAGAAUAGAUGCUAACUAUUCUUACUGAUAUUGUCUUCACUAUUAUUAGGGAAAGCUGAUAAUUACCUUGAGAUACAUUAACUAUAUGUAAAAUGAAGUUCCUGUAUUAUUUCCUUUACUACACUGCAUCUUGCUUUUGUUAUUCUCAUUAAUUGGUAAUGGUAUAUAUUAUAUUUUAUAGAGAGAGAUUAUAAAUGUGUGUGUAUAAAUUUCUUCUGUUUUCUUCAAGUAAACUACUUGCUCAUGGAUCUGAAGUCUGUAAAUAUUAAAUACACGGACUCAUAUAUUUAGAGCAUGCUGUUUUGUCCUCCUGAGUCCUGAAUUGUGCGGUAGUGGAAAGAGAUCUACAGAUGUUGCCGUGUUAUAGCUGCAGGCUAUCAGAGCAAGGGAAGAUAAAGAAGGAAAGUGGAGACCUGGACCUUAAGCACCAAGAUCACUGAGGCUCGCUUCUCAUAUGUGCGGAUGAAAUAUCUUUUCUUUUCCUGGUUAGCGGUUUUUGUUGGAAGCUGGAUUAUAUAUGUGCAGUAUUCUACCUAUACAGAAUUAUGCAGAGGAAAGGACUGUAAGAAAAUAAUAUGUGACAAGUACAAGACUGGAGUUAUUGAUGGGCCUGCAUGUAACAGCCUUUGUGUUACAGAAACUCUUUACUUUGGAAAAUGCUUAUCCACCAAGCCCAACAAUCAGAUGUAUUUAGGGAUUUGGGAUAAUCUACCAGGUGUUGUGAAAUGUCAAAUGGAACAAGCGCUUCAUCUUGAUUUUGGAACUGAAUUGGAACCAAGAAAAGAAAUAGUGCUAUUUGAUAAGCCAACUAGAGGAACUACUGUACAGAAAUUUAAAGAAAUGGUCUAUAGUCUCUUUAAGGCAAAAUUGGGUGACCAAGGAAACCUCUCUGAACUGGUUAAUCUCAUCUUGACGGUGGCUGAUGGAGACAAAGAUGGCCAGGUUUCCUUGGGAGAAGCAAAAUCAGCAUGGGCACUUCUUCAACUGAAUGAAUUUCUUCUCAUGGUGAUACUUCAAGAUAAAGAACAUACCCCCAAAUUAAUGGGAUUCUGUGGUGACCUGUAUGUGAUGGAAAGUGUUGAAUAUACCUCUCUUUAUGGAAUAAGCCUUCCUUGGGUCAUUGAACUUUUUAUUCCAUCUGGGUUCAGAAGAAGCAUGGAUCAGCUGUUCACACCAUCAUGGCCAAGAAAGGCAAAAAUAGCCAUAGGACUUCUAGAAUUUGUGGAAGAUGUUUUCCAUGGCCCCUAUGGAAAUUUCCUCAUGUGCGAUACUAGUGCCAAAAACCUAGGAUAUAAUGAUAAGUAUGAUUUGAAAAUGGUGGAUAUGAGAAAAAUUGUGCCAGAGACAAACCUGAAAGAACUUAUUAAGGAUCGUCACUGUGAGUCUGAUUUGGACUGUGUCUAUGGCACAGAUUGUAGAACUAGCUGUGAUCAGAGUACAAUGAAGUGUACUUCAGAAGUGAUACAACCAAACUUGGCAAAAGCCUGUCAGUUACUCAAAGACUACCUACUGCGUGGUGCUCCAAGUGAAAUUCGUGAAGAAUUAGAAAAGCAGCUUUAUUCUUGUAUUGCUCUCAAAGUCACAGCAAAUCAAAUGGAAAUGGAACAUUCUUUGAUACUAAAUAACCUAAAAACAUUAUUGUGGAAGAAAAUUUCCUACACUAAUGACUCUUAGUUCAUUUGGACAUAGUUACAAUUUUAAGAAACUUGCCACUUUUAAAGAACAAUUUUGAGCAUUAAAAAAAUGGCUUCAGAUUCCUGCCAGUUACACAAAACUCCUUCCCCCAGGCCUGAGAAGCCACCAGUAUGUGAUUACUGAAGUAAUGGCAGGUGUAAGAUCAACAGGUCCCCAAGAUGUCAUUCCUGCCCUUUUAGAAACCCUGUUACAUCUCCGAUGUUCAUUAUUUAACUAUUUUGACUGACUUUAAAAACCAAUGCUGUGAAAAGCCUCAUUCCAUAAACAUCAAUAGUGAGUCAUCUGUAGAUUUACCUUAGUCAAAAUACCAAUGCUGGAAACAUUGUGUUUGCAUUGAAGCUGCUGUUCAACAAGAAAAUUUAUAAAUUUACUAAUGUCUUAGCAUGGUAAAGUUUGCACAUUAACAGAAAUUAAGACUGCAAAGCAGGUUAAACUUGCUCCUUUAUAAACAGAUGUUGGGUUAAUAGCAUGGUUUAUUCUAUUAAAGACUUAUACACCCAUUUUUAACCUCAUUCAGCCAUCAGCUGUUAUGUGUAGCUUCACAAUGUUUCAAGUGGCUUACUUCAAGAAAUCUUAUACUUGACAAUACACCAAUUUUAUUGACUGAAAAUGGAUGAACUUUCCUAAAGAUUCAAAGGGCCCAUCUUAGCAUUACACAGCUGACUUGAGCCCUCAAAACUGACAUCUUAAGGCCCAAUCAAGAUCCACAUAUCCUGACUUUGAUCUUUGUGCAAGUGGGACUGUAAGUGCAAGACUAAAAUAAAUUAUAGCAGACUUUUAAGAAUAACUUUGCAUUUUCAAACAGUAUAUAUUCUGUGGGCCAAAGGGCUAUUUCUUAAAGAGGCAUGUAAAUGUAUUCAUCUAAUGUUUUUUUCCCCACGUAAACUUGAUAUUCAAGGUUUAAUAUUUGCUCCUUUCAUAUUUUCACACAUAUACUCAGAUUUGGCAUGUACCUUUCAACAUCUCCAUAAAAUUAAACACCUUUUGGAGAAAAGAUCCAGUAUUUUCUGCUCAAAGGUUUCACCUACUUAAAGUGGAUGUGUUAAAAAUCUAUGUGACCUUCACUGGACAGCUUUCUCUCAAAACUUUCCUUCAAUGCCAUGGAUUAGCACCAGUUUUGUUUACUUUAAGGUACUUUUCCCAUUAAUCAUCUGGUUAUAAUAAAUGGAUAGAAGAAAUAUUU